AUUGCAGGUACAUACUCAAACUUGUAUAACCACCCGACUCUAAUUAAAGAAUCUUCCAAGGUUGGUCUUGUUCAAAAUAUUGCAGUAAACUAGACUUGAAAAUUGAAAAGGUGCAGCGAUAUUUUACUAAAAAUGCCUCCAUGAAAUGUUUAAUUUCAUCCCAUUUUUAUAACCUCUAGAAGGAUUCUGGCGAGAAACGCAUCAACCUAUCAAAGCGAGAAGGCAUUCCGCUCGGCGUUCUCUCGGACGGAAAGAAAAACGAGAGCCCUCAAGGUCCUGGAGCGAACCAAUCAGAAGAAAGCCAACGACCAUCUGCAAGUCACGUGAGGUCACGGGGUGAAACGGCAGAAGUGAAAAAAGCGCGAAAACAACUUGUCAAACAAGAAAGACAGGUAUUUAUUGUGUCACUAGUUUGUCUGCAAAAACUUCUAAGACCUUUCACGAAAAGAAUAGAAAAAGCUUCUUUUUUUCAAGAUUAAUGAAAAUUAGGACGAUAAAAAUAUGGUUUAGUCAAAUCUCAAAAUAAUUCGCGUAGUUUUGAGCAGGAAUUAGUCAUUCGGCCUAUGGUGGCCAUUGAUGUCCAAUACUCAAUAGCUCUAAAGGUCGUAAACAGCUUUUAUACCAUUUUUCCGCAGCUAAUUCCAGUUUUUUCUAACGGUCCGUAUCGCUAACCAAAACAUAGUGUUAUUCUUUAAAAUCGAUGUCAAAAUACGAAAUUUCGCCACACUCCUUGCCAGGAUGGCGGAAAUUGAAGGAGCUAUUGGACAUCAGUUCAAGUCCCUUUCUAUUGGUUUUGUCUGCGCGGUUAACACAAAACUGGCUUCACUUUCUGCACUCGCGUUCUCGUUCCAGGUGUAUAUGGAGCUCAGUGCAGCUCACUGGGUUUAACGUGACUUUACCUUGUUUUAAACAGACGCGGCGUGUUGAAAAGAAGACGAACAAAUUGUUAUUUAAGGAAGAGAGAAAACGUCAAGAGAAAUCACAAUCUGCGUCGUUAGUCGGGCAGAAAAUUGAGUGAAGAACUCUACACCGAUAAAUUGAUGCAACGUGGUACUGUUUAGCUGUUAAGUAGCAUGGAGGAUUUUGUAAAUUCAACCGCAUACAUCAGAUUAAAAACGUUUUCAGAAGCCACGUAUUAAAACAUUGUGAAUGAAAAUAAGAAAAUUCAACAUGUAAAUAGUAUAAUUACUAGUCGCUGGCAAUAUUAAAAUUAUAUCGUAUAAAUGUAUUUGGUCUAUUUGAUACAACAAUAAACUUUAUUAGCACCAUUAGAAUACAUAAAAUAAAUAUACAAAUAAAUAUAUUUGCUACUUGAGUUGGGAAGCAUUUUUUUAGAAUACUGCAUCUUCAUGAGCUACGAGAAUACAAUAUUUUUAAUGCAAUAUUUUUGCCAGAUUCUGCAAGCAACAAGCAUGUAUGGAAGUGUAAUUUUGUACAAGUAAAAAAAAGAUAAGACACUGUUGUUUAUCGCAAAUCUCUGAGACAGUCAGUGUGUCUUCUCGGACUGUGAAACGGCUACAACAUCAUUUCCUUUGAAUAUGGUGUUCUUACACAAACGUAUUUCGUCUUGGCCGUAUUUUCUCCGAAAGUGACCGUUUAAUUUCUUCUAAAGUGUUUUUUAUUGAAUUUAACUCUUCUUUCAUUCCGGUUAUCUCGCAUUCUUGGGACGUCUCUUCCUCGAUAUCCAAAGGUGGAAAUAUCUUAUUAACGUAGCUCUCGGCUGGAUCUUUCCUCUCCUGUGAACGCGUUAAUAU